GCGGAAGGGGCGGCAGUAUCCAUGGCCGGGCUCGCCUGGGAGGACUACCUUAUCCAGAGCAAAAUAGGGACAGGUGCCUUUUCCACUGUCUACAAAGCACAGCACAAGGUGACCAAGAACCUUGUGGCCAUCAAAGCUAUCCGUAGAGCGCGACUGUCGAAGAAGCAACAAGCAAAUCUCAAGCUGGAGCAGUCUAUUCUCAAGUCUUUGGACGAUGACAAUGUGGUGCAGCUGUACGAGAUCAUGAAGACGGAGAAGCACAUCUACCUGAUCAUGGAGUUCUGUGGCGGUGGCGAUUUGCACAAGUUUAUCAAGGACCGUGGCUCGCUGCCCGAGGCAGUUGCCAUCCACUGCUUGCGGGAGAUUGCAGCUGGCCUGCGUGUCCUCCAGGACCGCAACCUCAUCCAUCGCGACCUCAAGCCGCAGAACCUGUUGAUCGGGGCGCCAGUCGGCCCGAAUGGCAUGCCGUCGCUCAAGCUCGCCGACUUUGGCCUUGCGCGGUAUAUCGAGGAGGAGGACUUGGCAGCCACGCUGUGCGGGUCACCGACGUACAUGGCACCAGAGGUGCUGUCGGGCAAGCCUUACUCGGCCAAGGCCGACCUGUGGUCGGUGGGCGCUAUCUUCUUCGAAAUGCUCACCGGAACGCCGCCGUUUGUUGCCUCGAACCACAUCGAGCUGCUCCGCAAGAUGCAGCGGGCGCCGCCGCCGAUUCCACGCGCCGCCAAGAUCUCGUCGACCUCGCGUUAUCUCAUCCAGUCGUGCCUGCUGAUUGUCAACCCGGCGAAGCGCAUUUCCUUUGACGAGUUCUUCACCCACCCGUAUGUGACGUACAAGGGUCCGAUUGCGCUCGGCGCGGCGGGGACGGGAGCGGGAGCUGACCCUGCGGCUGCUGCUACCCCGCCACCGGCUGCCGCCGCCACGGCCGCCGCACUUGCGGGCUACUCGGCGCCGCUCACGCCAUCGUCUGCCUCGGGCAGCGACUCGGGCAGCGACUCGUCGGAUGCCGACGACGACGACAAGUUCUACUCGGCGCUCGCCGCCAAGCACAAGAGCCGUGUUGGCCCUGCGCGGCUAGCCACGCCGGCCCGCGACGCCUCAUUUUACUCGGACGAGUACUACUCGGACGACGAUGGUGAGAGCGGGCCGGAAGCUGUCGAGGCGAUGCGGGCAAGAGCAGGUGGCCGCGUCAGACCAAGUGCGGUCAAGGCCGAUGCUAGCGCUGCUCAGAGCGCGGCAGCGUCGGCGCGGACCCCGCUCACCUCGAACGCUGACAACGUGCUGCAAGAGGAGCUCGCGCGGCUGGAGCGGCUCAAGGCGCGGCACCAGGCGGCACUGCGCGGGCCGGCGGCUGGCGGCGGAGCAUCUGUAGCGGCGGUGCCGGCCCGUAAGCGUCCGCCGCCACCGGCAGUCCAGGCGCGGCAGGCGUAUCCCGGCGCCGCUGUCCGCUCGCUUGCAGCCAUCUCGGCCUCGGUCUCGUCAUCGCGUUCAGGCUCGGGCGGCUCAAGCUCGGGCUCGGGCGGCUCGGUCGACUUUGACGUUUGGCGACAGCGGGCCAUGGAGAAGAUUGCGCAGAUGAAUGCCAUGCUGGAUGCGCAGGCGCAGUGAUGGCUAACCAUCAUCGUAAACACCAUGUUGCCAAA